AUGAAACUAGCAAAAGCCCUCCCCAUCGAAGCCGCGAUUGAUGAUGACUCUCCCCUCUUAAACAUCACCACCCCAGACUCUCUCACCAGCCUCUCUCUAAAGAAACGCGCCUUCACAAAAAUUACCUGGAGCGGUCCUCGUCAAGUCCGACAAAGCCCCUUCGCGCCCGUUGAAACCCUCAACUGCCUUACCCAACGCUCCAGCUGUGACCGCAGCCGCGGUGCUCGGGCCUGGAUUACAGACAUCUACGUCGAGCCGAAUCCAAAUAUCGAAGCUUUACACGGCCUGCCCAUAUACUAUUUCCCGAACCCUGCCGAUGCGCACCCGACCGGUCCUCACCCUAACUUUCCUAACUUGGGCACGGGGCCUUUUGCUGGCUGCCUGCCCCACGAGACCAUCUUCUACAUCGUGAAUCUCGUGAAUUACAAGCAGGCUCAGCAGAACAAACGGGGUGGAGUCGGCACCUCUAUUGACGUCAAGCAAGCUAUGCUGGGCGGGAAAUCCGUGGAUAUCGUGUUCACUGCCGGCGACAGCAUUGACCAGAAAGCAGAUCUGGAUUACAUCGACAUGGAGGUGCAGGCGCUCGUGGGAGGUGGGGGAAGUAGCAGGCCAGAUGGGUAUAAGACGCUUGCGAGCAAGACAUGCGAAGCGCCGCAGAAGGUGCGAGAGUGUAGGAUCGAUAAUUUUCCACAGGGGGCGGAUAGGUUGCUGGUGCAUGCACAUGCAGUGCAAGAUGGGCAGAUCACUGGGGCGAAUGGAAAUGUGGUUCCUUAUCUCAAUAGCGAGUUGCGUUGA